AUGCCUGCUCGCAGCGUUCGCAGGAUCGCGCUGAACGUGAUUCUGAGCCAGCGGCAGGCCGUGGGGGGCCCGUCAUCAGGGGGAACGGGCAGCGGCAGCGCGGGUGGCAAUGGCAAUGGGACGAGCGGGGGCGUGGAGGUGGAGGACGAUUGCGACCUUAUAAGGGAGAUAGAGUGUGACGCGCAGGGAUACCAAGCUCGUGCCGUGUGCACGCUCUCCUGCAGCAAGCUCGUGUCCUGUCAUCGUGUGCAUGCUCUCCUGCAGCAAGCUCGUGUCCUGUCAUCGUGUGCAUGCUCUCCUGCAGCAAGCUCGUGUCCUGUCAUCGUGUGCAUGCUCUCCUGCAGCAAGCUCGUGUCCUGUCAUCGUGUGCAUGCUCUCCUGCAGCAAGCUCGUGUCCUGUCAUCGUGUGCAUGCUCUCCUGCGGCAAGCUCGUGUCCUGUCAUCGUGUGCAUGCUCUCCUGCAGCAAGCUCGUGUCCUGUCAUCGUGUGCAUGCUCUCCUGCAGCAAGCUCGUGUCCUGUCAUCGUGUGCAUGCUCUCCUGCAGCAAGCUCGUGUCCUGUCAUCGUGUGCAUGCUCUCCUGCAGCAAGCUCGUGUCCUGUCAUCGUGUGCAUGCUCUCCUGCAGCAGGCUCGUGUCCUGUCAUCGUGUGCAUGCUCUCCUGCAGCAAGCUCGUGUCCUGUCAUCGUGUGCAUGCUCUCCUGCAGCAAGCUCGUGUCCUGUCAUCAACCGUCUCCUCUUCCGUACCCAUCCCCCCUGUUCCGUCUGUCCUCCCUCCGUCUGCUUCGGUUCCUCUCUGCUUCGGUUCCUCUCUGCUACAGAAAGCUCGUGUCCAUGCUCUCUCUUCCUCAGGAGGUUCUGUCUCUCGUGCGCCUGCAAGCCCUGCGGCUCGCUUCCUCUUCCACUCCACCCAUCCGCAUGCCAAGCAUUCCCUCUGUCAUCGGCCAACUCACCUCCCUCACCUCACUGGAAAUCUCCAACUCACUCGCGGCGGGGGGAUCAUUCCCUGCAUUCAUGUCCCAACUGAAGCUACUCAAAUUACUGAGUCUGGACGGAACUACCUUGUCCAGCACCAUUCCCCACUUCUUCUCCCGUCUCACUUCCUUGACACGCCUGGAACUUACACGGGUGGGCCUCUCCUCCUCGCUGCCCUCGGGCUUCUCGCGCCUCACCAACCUCAUCAUGCUCAUUCUUCCCGGCAACAAUCUCACCGGCUCGCUCGCUCCCCUCGCUGGCGUGAAGCGCCUGCAGCACCUCAACGGCAUUCACAAUCGCUUCUCUGGCAGCAUCCCAUCGACCAUCAGCCGCCUCGUAGACCUCUCUUAUGUCUGGCUGGACAACAACACCAUCACCGGCUCCCUUCCAUCCUCCAUCUCCAAACUCCAAAACCUCUUCUUCGUGAGCAUGCAGGUCAACCGGCUCACAGGCAGUCUGCCCCGGGCCAUCGGGGGUCUCUCUAACUUGGAAGGCCUCUGGCUGGACAACAACACCAUCACCAGCUCCCUUCCAGCCUCCAUCUCCAAACUCCAAAACCUCGCCGUCCUGAGCAUGGAGUUCAACCGGCUUUCAGGCAGUCUGCCACAAGCCAUGGGGGGGCUCUCUAGCUUGCAAGGCCUUGACCUCUCGCAGAACAGCAUCUCAGGGUCACUGCCAUCUACCAUGGGCAAUCUGAGGCUUCUCCGCUAUAUGCGAGCCGACAACAACAGCAUCACUGGAUCCAUCCCUCUCUCCUUCUCCUCUCUCACUACUCUCUCCUUCCUCUCCAUCCAGCGCAACCGUCUGCACGGCAACAUGCCCUCCUUCCUCGCCUCCUUGCCACGCCUGCAGUACAUCUAUCUCAACCAUAACAGCCUCAGUGGCUCUCUGCCAACCAACUUCGCAAACUUCUCAGUCCUUCAUACCCUGAGCCUCUCCAACAACCUGCUUCAGGGCUGCAUACCACCUUCCAUUGCGCAUGCUCCCAAGCUGAAAAACCUCCUGCUCGCCAACAACCAGCUGUCAGGCCGCCUCCCUGAACCUUCCAUCACCAACCCGGCCUUUUUCACAUUCAACGUGCAAAACAACAACCUCUCCGGUCCAAUCACUGACUCUGUAUUCCCUGUCUCACCCACUCUCUACACCGUACAACUCGCCGGCAACAGCUUCACAGGGAGCAUCCCUGUCGUUCUUGCUCAAUGCCCCAACCUCAUGCACCUGAGCAUCAGCGAGGGCAUGGAGUGUCCUUCACCUGCUUCUGCGUGCACUCCCUCUCUCCGCUCCCUCCUCGCCUCCUCCGCUGCUCCGCUCACCUUCUGCUCUCUCUGCCCCAACGUCUGCACGCAAUGCAAGAUCG